UGCUGCCCAUGGGGGCGCCCAACGACCUCGUGUUCGAUGGCUGGGACAUCUCGUCGCUGAACCUGGCCGAGGCGAUGCGGCGCGCCAAGGUGCUGGACUGGGGGCUGCAGGAGCAGCUGUGGCCACACAUGGAGGCCCUGCAUCCGCGGCCCUCCGUCUACAUCCCCGAGUUCAUCGCGGCCAACCAGAGCCUGCGCGCCGACAACCUCAUCCCGGGCACGCGCUCGCAGCAGGUGCCGGCCCACCCGCGCUCCCC